CGGUGCACGCACAGCCGGCUUCUUCAACUCCUCUGCCCCGCCGAUUCUGUGUGCAUCCUUGGUCGCGUUCGGUUUUCACCUCUGCAGAAUGCAAUUGGAGGGAGCCUGGAACCACCGUCGUUAAACACGUUGCAACGUAUCGCGUGUUCGGGAGACCUGUGAUGCACGAUUGAGAGAUGGGAACCGGAUGACGCCGAUCGUGGUCGUCCACGGGAUGACAAUAUGGCGAACAUCAAGGUGGCCGUGCGAGUGAGACCGAUCUCAGCCAGGGAGCUGAAUCGAACGGGCUCGGACGUUGUGGUUCGCACGGACUCGAACGGGAUCUCGUUGACCAACUUGAAGGUCUCCUCCAGCAAGGCUGGGGACAGUCGCGAGAGGACCAGGACGUACAGUUUUGACUAUUGCUUCGACUCGUCCGACCCUGAAGCUGAGCAUUUCGCGGAUCAAGAGAGGAUCUACGAGACUCUUGGUCAGACUGUCCUGGAAGCUGUUUUCUUGGGGUAUAAUUCCUGUUUGGUCGCUUAUGGACAGAGUGCUUCUGGGAAAACUUAUACCAUGAUGGGAACCAAGGAUGAUCCCGGACUGACGCCGAGGCUCUGCGAAGGACUGUUCUCGAGGAUCGAGGACGAAAAAAGGAACGAGAAGAACUGGUGCGUCUUGGUCAGUUAUCUGGAGAUAUACAACGAGAGGGUGAGAGACCUCCUGAAGCCGUCCUCGAGCGCGAGCGGAUUGAGAGUUCGCGAGCAUCCUCGACUCGGCCCUUACGUUCAAGGACUGACCCACCACGUGGUUCGCACCCUGGGUUCGUUGAUGUCCUACGUGGAGGAAGGGACGAAGGCCAGGAAGACAGCGUCGACCCAGCAGAAUCCUAGCAGCAGCCGCAGCCACGCACUGCUGACGAUCUCUCUGAUCCCGGAGUCGAGCGUCGCGGUCGGCGCUUCAUCCGCCUCCGCUUCAUCCUCCGCGCGGAGGCCAGACGGUUCAUUAUCACCACCACGCGGUGGCAGUAAACUACGCUUGGUCGAUCUGGCGGGUAGCGAAAGCGCGGCCACGUGCAGCGGCAUCCACCGGCUCAAGGAGGGUGCGAACAUAAACAAGAGUCUAGUGGCUCUAGGGAACGUGAUAUCAGCCCUCGCGGAGAGAGGCUCGACCGGAAGUGGUCCAGGCAGAAGGUUCAUCCCUUACAGAGAUUCCGCGCUUACUUGGCUGUUGAAGGACGCACUUGGCGGAAAUGCCACUACCAUUAUGCUCGCCACCAUAUCGCCGGCAAGCGGCAGCUACAACGAGACCGCCCACACUCUGCGAUUCGCGCAGAGAGCGCAAAGCGUGGUCAACCGACCGGUGGUCAACGAGGAUCCCGUGGCCAGGGUCAUCCGAGAGCUGAGGGCCGAGGUCGCCAGGCUCAAGUCCCUUUUGUCAGAGAAGAACGCAGAGCCGAUCAAAGCAUUGUGCUCCUGUCAGAGGAUUCAGGAUGAACCGCCAAGUCCCGACAGUCCCGAAUCUCCAGAAAAAGAAUCGAAAACAUUAAUCGAUCCAUUCGAGGUCCCAGAUGCGGACUUCAAGAGGGAAGAAUCCGACAGGCACUCGAAACGAGAAGAACAACAACUACGUAGAAGUCAUCUGCCUUUCCGGAGGUCCACAUCAACUGAGAGUCUGUCAACAUUGGACACCGGUUGUCCCCUGAAGAGAUUCGGCUCGUAUGAACUUCUGCCUUCGAAGAAUCGCUUCGAAAGGGCCUACAACCGCGCUCGAGUGACAGAGUUGAACGACGAGGAGAACGAAGUCAGCGAGAUCCACGAGUCGGUGUUCGUCGACAUCCCGACUUUGGUGGCAGUAUUGAUCAAGCCGGACGAUAAUCUACAGGAAUCGUCGACGCAGAUCGAGGAGAUUUGCUCGGACGAGGUAGCCGAAGACGGGAUCGACGUUGAAUUCAUCGGAGCGGAGCACGAAGGGUUCGACGACCAAGAGAAACUAGAGAGCCUCGAUCAUGACGAUAGGAGCAGUUCGGUGAACUCUUGUCAAGCUUCUGUGGACAACGAGUUAGACGUCUUCCAAACGGACAUCUUCAAAUCCUCGUCCACGCCUAAGGAAAAACCAAAGUUCAGGAAGCAAGACUCGGUGGACUUGCUCUCGGUCCCGAUACCCUCGAAUCUUCACAUUUCUAAACGAUUCGGAUCUGUAGAGGCAAUCCAGAGGAAGAAGGAGCCAUUAUUCCCGUUGGAGAGGUCCCACACGAACUUAGAGAGGCGAGUCGUCCCGGAUAGAGCUAAGAAGUUGAAUAACAUCCGUGAGAUAGAGGACCAAAAGCUCGCCACUAAGAGUUUCUGGUCAAGCAGCAAAGAGCCGCUGCAGAGGAAGGGUAGCAACGACUCGGACAGGUCUUUGAAGGACUGUGGCUCGGGUAAGUCGAAGAAUGCGAGGAAGCCAAGCUUGGAGAACUUGAAGAGGAAGACCAGCAAGGACAGCAGCUCCAGCAGCUCCAAAGACGAACAGAUCUCGAUCUCCAGUCUAACAAGGGAGAAGCUACUGCAUACAAACGACUCGAUCGAGCAGGAAUCGUCCUCCACGAGAUCUCACACUCCUAUCCAGCGUGUCAAGAGGGCUCAGAUCGUAGCGGCGGUCACCGAGAGGCUGUACUCCAGCAAGAAAGUCCCGGAAGAUGCUUCUGGGAUCAGGUCACCACCAGAAGGGACGGAGGUAAAAUCUCUAGCUAGGAUGAAGCUGCAGGAGAUCUCGAGGAAGAUGCUGGGAAAGCGAAGACGGGUUUGCGUGGACACGCAGACCGACUGCUCGAGAACCAUCCGCAUGAAGGACACUGCGUCCUUGACGGAGAACCCCGAGAUCCAGGACGUGGCAGUGCUGACGGACAAUCACGAGGACUGCGAGAUCGUCGCCGAAAGUAAGACGCCUGUAUUGAGGGUGAAGGAGAUAGCCACCUCGACUGACAAGCCAAAGACGAGCAUCGUCAGGUGCAAGGACGUGGCCAGCCUUGCCAAUGACCUGGAAGAGUUCGAGUACGAGUUGCAUUCUCCGCGACACGAUUCGGGAAUCCUUUCCGAUGACACGCAGAACUAUGCCGAGAGCAAUUUGUCCAGUACAGAGGUGUCCGACGUCUGCCAAGAAACUGAUCGCGGACCGAUGCACGUUGAAAGCUCUACCAACACUUUGUACUCGUCCUGCAGGAGCUCCGCGGUCCAGACUCCAAGACCCAACAGUCUCUAUCCGCGCAGGAUAGAGACCAAGGCACCUCCGUGCAUGCGACAAUGCUGCAAUUCGGUCCAAGAGCCUACUAGGAAUCAUUCGUCGAUAGGUAGCCCCGAGAAGAGCGUGAUUUCCAUAUCGCUGCCAGACACCAUCAGCAUCACCAUUGAGAGCACGAACGUCUUGGAGUCCCGGAUAGCGGUGAUGGACAGCCUGGAGCAGGAGAGGGCCAAGUCGAGGACCAAGGACGGCGAGGUUCAGACCGAGGAGAUCAAGGACACUAGAGGCGAGGCUGUCUGCUUCAAGGACGACAGUAGAUCAACGCUCAGUCAAACGGAUAGCAGAGUGUUCCGGAUUGAAAAUAUCUUUCAGGACCCUAACAACGUUUCUAGAAGGGUGGAUGCGACAGGGGGGAGAGUGGAUGGGCCGAGGAUGAGGAAUUCCAUCACCUUCAGGAACUCUCUCGGGACUUCGUACGUAUCCCAAGUUCGGGACGGCGAAGUUGGAGGGUUUGGAGCAAGAAGACAAGGCGACGGGUUCAUCAGGGACGGUUUAAUCACCGAGGCGUUCAUUACGAAGAAGAGGUUCGAUUUUGGCAGAGACGUUUGCGACGAUCCUUGGAGGAAGUGGUCUGUUCCGGCAGCUAUGAAUUCUAAGAUUCAGAGCAUUGGGUGCAACGAUGGAUUCGCGGCUUCUUCGUGGCAAGGUUCGCAGGUCGGCGAGGUCGCUGGGUUGGCCUCGUCUUGCUCGAACUGUUCGAAGAUGGAGCCCGAAGUUCAAGGAGAGUCGAUGAAACUACCGGCUUUCGAGAACGGCACUGUCGAACAUGAUCACAGUUUCUCGGACGACAGCUUGGACUAUAACGAGAACAAUGCGCUAGGCCAGACGGUGCUGAAGAUGGCCGACUGCGAUCAAAGAGAGAGCCUCUGUCCGCCCGACGUGGUGGCGCACACCAAGAAAGACUGUCCCAAGGUCUCUACUUCCGAAGCAGAGAGCAACGAACCCGCGGAUUUCGAGGAAAGUCAGAUAGAGUUUCCGAAGAUGAAGCCGUCGGAUGUAGCAGAAGUUCUUCAGGUGCACGAUUACAAGGACCUCAUCCUUGGCAGACGCUGUUACAACUACGAAGACGUGAACGAGGAACCUGAAGACUCUAAUCGUGUGAUCAACAGUGGGAAGAAAAAGGUAUCCUUUUCGAACAGUGGCGAGGCUGAGAAUAAAGUGUCCUUGGAAAAAGAAUCUUCGAAGCAGGGUCCAAAGACUACCUUGAAGUCUAUCAUCAAGAAGAGGAAGAAGAGGAACAUUGCAGAGAUUGUAAGCAGUGUUCCAUCGUCCAACGAUGAGACCGAUGAUUCGCAACACGAUGAGAAGAGUCUCAUUUUGGAGGACGAUUGGAAGGACAAGGUUAGCGAUGUUGAAGAACCGUCUAAGGAAGGCUUGCUGGAUUCGAAAAUGGAUGCAAAGCAGAACCAUAAGAAGGUCAAGUUCUCAGUGAGGAAUCUUUCCGAAAAUAGUGAGUCUGACAGCUGCGAGAACGCCGAGGACGAAGAGGAGGAUGUUCCCCGCAACCACGUGGCCAAGAAGAUCCUUGAAGAUUACCUUAGCGAGGCUGUGACUUUCAUGCGGAACCUAAACUCAAUCAAUGAAUCCAUCAAUGUCGCUGGCAUGCUCGACAGGUGUUCAUCGCCCAUCCACCAGAAACGGGUUGGGAAGCAAGGGUCCCGUCGAAGAAGCUAUUCUUCCCCUUGGAAUCUGGACCACCCGAGGCAAGAGGUCGCGGUGACAGACGACGCCGAUUAUCUGAACAGCGACGAGGACAUUGUCGUCUCGACGGAGUCGUACGAUCGUUGUCUGAAGGGUAUCCAGCGGCUAGAGGACUGCAUUCGGAGGGUGGACAGGCAUAACGAGCUGCUUCGCGUGAAAUACGGUGUCAACUGCGGAUCUGCUGGCGCUAGACUGGGUUUAGCGAGUCCUAGCACGGAUCGUGCACCUGCGACGAGCGACUUCGUGGUUUCCGGUGGUAGGGAGGACACUUCUAACAUCGCCGAAGACUGGACCAGCCCUCGAUUCGUAGAGUAUUCACCCCGAUCGAGUCUACAGUCUACCAGAACGAAAAACGAAGAGGAGGACCUGGAAAAGAGGAUCUUCGAUCAGCUGAUGAACGUGGCGAACGCGACCAGCUGCAGAUCGUCAACGAGGCUUCAGAAUAGGUUCUCCAAGAGCUCCGACCGCAGACCCCGAAGCCCUGUCACUUACUCGAAGCUCCGGGAGAAGUACAAUCACGCGGACGAGUCUUUCCACGGCGAUCUUCAGGGUAGUUUAGAUUUGAACGACCAGAGCUACGAGAUCACCGGAAAUUUGUCCGUCGCCAAGACCCAUGGCAUGUCUUUCGAGGAUCUAGAGUCCACGAUGGAGGAUGACUUCUUGCCGUUGAGGAGGUUCGACCGCAUCGAAGGCAAACUGCGCGUCGAUUCUUCCAGGCUGCAACGGGACGAUUCGUCGAGCAGAAGAGCCGCGAGUCACGACGACGCCUUCGAGGACGAGUAUUUGGCUCUGAAGAGCAGCUACUCGUCGCAACGCGUGUCGGACGCUAGGGGAUUCCAAGAACCGCACGAUUACUCGCGGAGAAUUCGAGACGGUGACUCGAAAGUGUUCCCGAAGGAUGACGACUCGAACGAGACCCUGCAGUUCAGGGACAAACUGAAAUACCCUGGCAGUCCUAGAGCCAGAUUCCUCGAACUCCUGAGGGAGAGACGCCGGAUCGUGGAGAGCAGCAGAGGGACGAGCGCCUCUUGAAGUCGAGGGAGUCCGCAUCGAGAUUCUCCUCGUCGCAUAUUUUUCUAUCGGUACCGCGUAAACCGCGUCGGCCUUGUAAAUAAUAGAGCUCAGUCUUUUGUAACGUUUCCGAUCCUCGCUGUUUCACCUGGCAUCGCUCUCUCGCUCCUAUUUCGUGAUAUUAAAAGAUCUUCCUCAAGACUGCGCCGUUCUUCUCCCCCGCAGAAUUGUACAUAAUCUGACGGAUACGCGUCGCAACGGAGAAUCUUUUCGCUUCUCCACGCCGGAAACUGCAUGAUGAAAGUUGGCUCACGAGGACCGGAAAUUUCUGAUCCCCGGAUUUCGUGAAUACUAUUCGUGGGCCCCAUGAACUGACUUUUCGAAACGGAGGAACUUCGGCGUCGACGAUACUCGUGGACAAUUUUCAACACUUUUCUAAUCCUUGUUCGUUACUUCUAUUAUGUAUCUAAGAAAUGCUGUUAAUAAAUUACCAUUACUUAUUAUUA